AUCACUGACAUCUCUCUCGCUCGCCGCCCCUAUCUAGGGUUUUAGUGGAUCAAACUCUAGGGCUCAUCUUAUAUAACAGCGCUCUUUUCUCGCAACUUUAGGGUUUUUGUACUUGCUUUUGCCAUAUAAUAAACUUCAAAGAUGUAUCUCUGAUUAUAGUUCUUCUCGCUCUUUGUUUCAUGGAAGCGUUUUGAGCAUUGGCUGAGUUAUGUCGAUUAUAUAUAGACAUAAUUUCACACACAUACACAUACGAUAUAUAUAUAUAUCAUGGUCUUUAUUUAGGGUUCUUCGUUUUUUAUUCCCACAUUUUUUAAUCUGAUUAUCUCUUCAAUAGCCAUCUCUUCUUUGGAUCUGCACUUUUCUAUAUUUUGGACCACAAGAUAUACAGUUUAUGCGAUCAACGAUAGCAUUUUUCAGGUCUAAAAAUGCUCUGCGAAUGUCGAAUUUUGGAGUAAACUCUCAUUGUUUUCUUUGCUUUUUAUAUAAUUUGUGUGUAUUGAGAGUUUUGUUUAUUUGUGUACAUUAGAAGGAAGUCGGGUGACAAGAAUGACACAAUUAGAUGUGAAAGGAGAAUUCUUUGGGGUUAAUUUAUUCUGAUCUACUCAUUUCUGUUUCUAAUUUAUGUUCCAUUUUAUCAUUCAGUAAUUGAAUUAAAUGGGCCCUUGUGAAUUUCAUUUGAAGCUUUGUUAUAUUUUUAUAUGGAUUUCGUUUCAGUUGGAUGUUGAAUAACUUUUUUUAAUAGAUUAUAUGUUUUUUUGUUAAUUUAUUUUAUGUUUUAGUUCAAUGUAAGAAUGUGAAAUGAGGUGGCAAGAAUGAUGAAAGAAAUAGAUGUGUGAGAGGAGAAAUCCUUUUGUGAACUCAACUAUUGAUGCUUAUUGAUAUUCUGACUUUGCCUUUUUUUAUUUUUUCUUCAAUUGUGUUUUAUCUAAUUGUGCAUUUAUUUUAUCUUCAAAUUAUUAUUAUUAUUAUUAUUAUUAUUAUUAUUAUUAUUAUUAUCAUUGUUACAUCAAUUUGCCAUUGCAUUUGAUUGGCCAAAUGCUGUACUUGUAUUUGAAAUGUCAAUUUAUUUAUUUUAUUGAUGAACCCUUUUGCCUGAUUUUUAACUGUCUAGUUUAAAGGUUUUAUUUUGUUCUUCCCUUCUGGACAGUUUAAUUUUUAAGUUGUUUAUCCUAAAUUCUUCUUUAAGAUGCAAUAUAGCUGGAAUUUUCCUGGCAUAACCAAUUUGCCUUCUUUGAGUCUCACUUAAGGGACUUUCUGAAACCCAUCUAGCAUUUUGUUAUCGGUUUCUUGAAUUUUAAGUAAAGAUUAUCUUGAUGUAUGACAUGGUAAUUGGACAACAAUGACCUAUGUAAUAAUUUUGAAUUGCAAUUACUUUGAACCAGUUUCUGCUGCUUCAUUUAAGUUUUUUCUUCUAAUUGUGAAUGCAAAUGUAGCUUCUUUCAAUGUAACCUUUCUCAUUUUUUUUGGUCACUUUUCCUAGUGGUUUCUUCUUUGUGUUGUCUUUUCCUUUGAGACCAUUUUUUUAAAUAUAUACCCACCGGUUUGGCUAUGUGUAUGCGCGGCCCUUAAGAUCGCCUUCCUUUUUGAGACAUGGAAGCGUUUUGAGUCAUAGCUGCGCUAUAUUAACCAUAUAUACAUGCACAUAUAUAUUUAUAUAUUUGUGUACGUAUUAGGGGUUUCUCUUGAGGGUUUUCCUUUUGAGCCCCCUUUUGUCCCACCUAAUUAUCACAUCAUGAGCAUCUCUUCUUUGGAUAUGAAUUUCCCUAUGUUUUGGACCCUAAGAUAAAUAGCUUUUUAUGCUAUUUUAUCUGUGGUUGUUUCAAGAGAUGGAAUUUUCAGGUUCAGAAAUGCAUUAGAAAUGUCUCAAUUUAAGGUGGGAGACAUACUUAUCUUUCAAAAACUCAAAAGUUCAGUAAAUUCAAAUGAUUUCUUUUUUUUUUUUUGUUCUUUAUUUUAAAUAUGUUGUGGUAUUAUUUUUUCUUAAAGUUAGGGUGGCAGGAAUGAUGAAACAAUUAAAUGCGUGAUGGGGAAUUCCUUUGUGAGCUCAACUAUUAAUGCUUAUUGAUAUACUGACUAUGCCACCCUUGUUUGAUAUUUUUCACCCUGACUUUCUGUUUUUGAUAGUUUUAUAUGAAUUUCACUUUCAAUUUCUAGCAGGAUUAUAUUUUAGUGGUGUUUGUUUGUAUGGCAUUUUAAUGUAAUUCUGUUUAUAUGCAUAGCAUUCGAAAUUCUUAUUAUUCAUUAUUUUCAUUAGCUUUUUGUAACAUAUAUGUGUUUUGAUGUGUAUGCAACUAUGCAUUUAAGGCUCUCUCUCUCUCUCUCCCUUCCUCUUUUUUUUUUUUGAUAUUUCAUUUUUUCCUCUGGUAAUGUCUUCCAAGCUUAAGUUUUACUUUCACUUGAAUCUUUAUAUUUUAUGAAAUAAGGAAAAAAGUUUGUCAUAUUAUAUAGUUUCAAUUGCAUUGGUCACAUGAAAUUUUACUGUCCUCACGUAAUAAGAGGGACACACUCCUAUGUCUUUUCUGGUUGUGAGACAGACCACUGUUAUCCUCGCUUUGUCCAUCUUCAUCUUUUGUGUAAUUGUCAUCGUGACCAUCUUCACUUGUUAUAUUAUAUGACAUAUCAUCUAUGACAUUUCUAAGAGAAUGAUGCGAUACUAGUACAAGACAUUUUGCUUUGGAGAUGCUACACUUGAAUGAUGCAAUACUCAGCGGGAAGCGGAUAGUGGUUUCAAGUGGGAUAUACAUGCAACACUUCUACGUGAAUGAGGUAAUUCUAGUACAAGACAUUUACUUUGGGGAUGCUACAUGUUUGCAAUCUAUUUAAUUCUAUGAUCUAACAUUGCUCACCUUCUUGAAUGCAGUACUUAAGUUUUGAAGUUUGUUUUUGAAGUAAUGUCAUUGUAUUUUUGAAUAGAGGUGUUACAUGUGAAUAAAAUAUGGUAGAUGCAAAAAUUUAUUAGUGAGAAUCUGAGUUCUAUAUUAGUGAUUCUAAUCUUUAAUCUUUUAGACUUAGCUCUUCUUGUGAUGUCAUGGCACUUUUUGGGUUGGCCAACUGAGGCAAUGGUGAUGAAAGAGUUACUAGUUGCUGUUAAUAACUGGUAGUGAAGAGGAUUUUCUGCCCUCUUGACAUGCUGGAAUGGUUUAAUUUGAACAUCGUCUCUUUGUUCAUCUAUAGGUAAAUUUUACAAUACUUCAUUAGAUGUGAAUUCUAGGAUAUUUAGCAUCCCAGAUUACCACAUUCACAUAAUUAUCAAAUCCUCUGUCACACACACAAAAUCCACGGCUACUGGUUCACUCACUUAUUCUUCAGUUGUGACAACCGCCGGUCUUCUAAACUUGCUGAAUCAUUCCAACACGUUUCCAAAGUGUUGCAGGAAACUGAUGGCGUUUCCAAAGGCUGAUGACACGAUGGAGUCUAUCUUGGAACCAUGAAGUUACCAUUGCUUACUGAUAUUCCCAGAUUUGAGACAUUGCUCUUUCAGUUUUGCAGAUAGACGGUGACGGUGACGGUGACGCCCUAUUAACUUACUUUUUCUGUUGAGAGUUUAUCUAGGAGGGUUUAGGACGGAGGGGAACAGUCUUUGCCAAGGAGCUAAUCGGCCACUUCCUGUACCUAUAAUGGCGUGUUGUGGUUGAUAAAAUUUCAAAAGGAGCUACACUGGGUUUCAUUACUAUUGGAGAGAGAAACACCAAGUCUAUGUUUACAUUAAUGGAAUGCUUCGUUUUUGAACAACUGCGGUCCAAUUUUCCAGGCGAAAAAGUCUAUUUUAUUAUGCACAGCUAUUUUGGACAUUAGAGUUGUUUGUGAUUGCCUAUAUAUGCGAUGGGCAUACAUGUAUUGAAUGAAAUAUUUGAAUAAUCGAGUGUUUUUCUCCAAUUUCUCUCCUCUCUUUUUCUCCCUCCCCCUUUCUUCCAGCCCCGGCAAGCUGCCCACCAUCUUCAUACACAGGCUGACCAUCAAUUUUCCCACUCAUUGCCUGUACUUAGAUCUAGAUUUUACCCGGCCAAUCCAAUCCCAACCCAAAUUGGUUGGACCUCGAAUUUGAUUUUGGUCCAUUUAACCAAAUAACCCAUCCCAUCACUUUGGCCCCAACUUCCUCAACAGAAACCCAAGACCGAACAUUUGCUAAUAUUUUGAUUGAACCAGCCGAUACUUGAAAUCUUGCAAACCGUAUUUAGAACCAGAUUCACUCUGUUUGGUUAUGAGUUCAGAACCAAACCCAGUUUUGAAACUGGACCAGAAUUGAAAGAGUAGCGCACAGCAAGGAAAAAAAUAAGAACAAAUAGAAAUUUUUGAAAGCCUUUUGUCCUUUAAGGAAAUGGGGCAAGUAAAAACAGAAGGUUGGUUUCAUAAUGCCGAUGAAGAUGGUUAUGACGCUAUUGUUGUGGGGUCUGGAUACGGAGGUUCUGUUGCUGCUUGUCGGAUGUCAAUGGCAGGAAUUAAGGUUUGCUUGAUUGAGAAAGGUCGGAAAUGGGAAGCUCGGGAUUUUCCAACUGACAGUUGGAAGAUCUUGUCAGCUGUGAAAAUGGAAAAGCGAAACUUGGGGUUCAGCUUUGGCCCAAAAGAUGCUUUGUUUCAGUUAUAUGAACAAGGUGAUUCUCUAGCAGCAGUGGCCUGUGGGCUUGGUGGAGGUUCACUAGUUAAUGCAGGAGUUAUGCUAUCAACCCCAGCUCGUGCAAGAAAGAACCCAAAAUGGCCAAAAGAAUGGGAAAGAGAUUGGAAGAUGUGUGAAGCUUCUGCUUCAGCCAUGCUAGGAAUACAGAGUGUUCCCGUCAAGUUUCCCAAUGCCAGAGUCAUGGAAGAAAUAGCUGAAGAAGAGUUGGAAGAAAGUUGCGGCGGAUCACUGAACCUGAGUGUGAAUUUUGAAGCAAAAGAACAGCCAUCAAAUCUAACCAAAUCUCAAGAAUUGGGUAGCUGCUUAGCCUGUGGAAAUUGUCUUGCUGGGUGCCCUUAUAACGCCAAAGGUUCUACAGACAAAAAUUAUCUGGCUUCAGCCAUCCAGACAGGAUGUACUAUCAAAACAGAAUGUCAAGUUUGUUAUGUGGGGAAAAACACAAAUGAGCUUCGCAAAGAUGAUGAAAGAAUUAGCAGGAAAAGAAGGCGACGGUGGCUUGUAUUCCUCAAUGAAAUUGACUACAUAACAUCUGAUUUUGUUAUCCUUUCAGCUGGAGUUCUUGGUACGGCUGAAAUCCUAUUCCAGUCACAAAUUAGAGGGCUGAAACUUUCUGAGAGGCUCGGAUGUGGAUUCAGCUGUAAUGGGAAUAAUGUUGCUUAUCUUGCUGGAAGCUCAGCACCCUUGAGUGCUUAUGGUUUAGACAGAAAGCAAUUAUCAAAAGUACCUUUCCAAGAACGACCAGGAACAUCCAUUUCUUCAUCAUACACAUCUUCGUUGGGGUUCACAAUUAAGAGUGCAGUACUCCCAACGGCUUAUCCUUACCUACUAUUUAAAGGGAUCAUAACUUAUGGGUGGCCAUCUGGCUUCUGGUUCUUGCAUGGGGUUAUAGACAAGCUGAAACGUAUAUUUGGUCUAAAAGGCUGCCAAGGAAUGAUUCUUAAUGUAAUAGGAUAUGAUGACAGUGACGGGAGAAUUACUCUAGAAAAAGACACAAACAGAAUCUGUUUUAGGCCAGCCCAUGAUCCCUUAUUGACGCGAAAAGUUGAAGCCUUUCAAAAACUUACUAGAAAAGUGGGAGGAAUUCUCUUCAUGUCAAGGUAUCGGAGUACAUCUGUUCAUCUUUUAGGUGGGUGCAAUGCAUCAUCAGAUCCUUCACUUGGGGUUUGUAAUCCUAAUGGUCAAGUUUUUGACACAAAAUCUCCCAACACUGUGCAUCCUGGUCUCUAUGUUUGUGAUGCCUCCUUAAUUCCCUGCUCUGUUGGCAUAAACCCUUGUCUUACCAUUGCUGCAGCAGCUGAGCAUGUAAGCAGACACCUUGUGCAGGAUGUUUUUAGAUACAAGAGCAUGGAAGGUAAAGAUUUUGUGGAUAGAACUGUUGACCAUAACCAAGGUUCAAUCAUAUCUGGGAAGUUAAGCAGCAGCCUGAGAUCAACAGUUGUGUUCAAAGAAACCAUGAAAGGUUACUUGGGGGGAAUGCCAUGCAUAGCUUACCUCAAAUUGAGUAUGAACUCUAGGACUUCGAAGGGAUUUGAUGAACAUGGUAGAGCUAUUGGAGGAUCUCAUUCUCUUCUGAGAGGAAAAGUAGGUGGAUAUGUUGUAUUUAAACCUGUUGAUAUUGAUAGAUUAUUUGUUAUAGAUGGGGAAGUAGAUUUGUGUAGAGUAGAUUGCAGGACUCCUUAUACGCAAUAUAUGCACUAUCGUCUCCUUCUUGCAGCUUCUUCUGGUUCAAGGUUUAAAUAUACUUUGAAUUCUUGUUUUUCCUUUCAUUUUUGCAUCUUAUAG